AUGGUGCUUCCUGUGCCCUUAUAUGAGCUUCGCUGUGGUGUCAACAACUAUGACUGGGGUGUGCACUAUCCCACUACUCACCCCCACAUUCACAUCUCACUUAUACACCCCCCUUUCUUUCUUGUAGGAAAACCUGGGUCGACCUCCCGUGCCGCUCAAUUUGCCGCGGCAUCAUCAAUCGGGAUUGCAAUUAACGAGGAUAAGCCAUACGCCGAGCUUUGGAUGGGAACACAUCCGACCCUGCCGUCGACUGAUGUAGCGUCUGAGAGAAGCCUACGGGAUCUCGUAUCCGACAACGAGUCGUUACUAGGGCCAGCUGUUGUUGGCAAAUUUGGAGCCGGGACUCUUCCAUUCUUAUUCAAAGUUCUCAGCAUUGGCAAGGCCUUGAGCAUCCAGGCGCACCCGGACAAAAGAUUGGCCGAGCAGCUGCACGCAGACGACCCGAAGAACUAUCCCGAUGAUAACCACAAACCCGAGAUGGCCAUCGCCAUCACGCCAUUCACGGGGCUUUGUGGCUUCCGCCCUUUGUCUGAAAUAGACCAUUUUCUCUCAACCGUUCCAGCAUUGCGAAACCUCCUUGGGUCGGCAGCAAUUGAUUCCUUCAAGAAUUUGCUAGCUUCUGAGAAUGAGGCAGACAGAAAACGAGGACUUCGGGAUUUAUAUGCAGAACUAAUGACUUCGGAUUCUGUUGCAAUCGCUUCAGGUGCAGAGUCUUUGGUGAGAGCUGCCAAAAGCCAACCUGACACAUUUGCGGGAGGUACCCUCCUUUCAAAUGGAGGGUCAUUCUCCGAUCUCAUUAUCGAGCUCAACAAUCAAUUCCCGUCCGACGUGGGCCUUUUUUCAACGUUCUUCCUCAAUUUCGUUUCACUGUCUCCUGGCCAGGCAAUGUUCCUCCAAGCUAACGAACCACACGCGUAUCUUUCAGGCGACAUAAUCGAGUGCAUGGCGGCAUCUGACAAUGUUGUCCGCGCUGGAUUUACCCCAAAAUUCAAAGAUGUCAAAACUUUGAUUAAAAUGCUCACAUAUCGAUCAGCUCCGGUUUCUGCGCAGGUUAUGAACCCGACUCCCUAUCCUUUUGGAAUACUAGACCUGAAUACAAAAUCGGAAUCUCUUUUAUACAAUCCUCCUAUCGAAGAGUUCUCUGUGAUACGAACAACUCUAGAGAACGGCUCAGUAGAAUUCCAAGGCAUUCUCGGGCCGAGCAUCAUCAUUUUCACAGCUGGAACUGGUGAGAUUAGGGGAGGCGGGAUUGUUGGCGAGAAAGUCGUCUCAAUCCGUCCCGGAACUGUGGUAUUUGUGGGUGCUGGGUUGUACAUUCAAAUUGAAGGUACUGGGAUCGAAGGCUAUCGAGCAUUCUGUAGCGUGGAACAAGACUGA